AUGGGGUACCGUCAGGCUGCCGUCCUCACUUCCGUUUCUUUCUUCCUCGGCGUGCUCUUCAUCUGUCUCGCUGUCGACUACCGAAUACUCUUUACACCGCUUACAGACCAGGUCAUCAAGGAUGGCCUGGGGUUCUACACAACCUUCUACAAUUCUCCUCCUGCCAUCAAGGCCCUGAUGCACGCUAUUAUGGGGGCCGGGAUACUCGGCCUGGUGGGCAAGCUGCACAAGUGGGACGAGAGUGCCAUUUUCUUCGACGGCUCAUCACUCGCUGCGUUCGUCUUCGCUAUCGCCGUCUACCUCUCCGUCGGCGUCCCUGCCUCCAAGACCGUCGCCGCGCCCCUCGAGUCCGAGCCGCCGAGCGUCCAGGUCGAGGCGCUGCGCGUCCUCUCCGCGGGGAACACCAUCAUGAUCGUGCUGCUUGGCGCGGUGCUCGCGCUCCAGGCCGGUGAGCAGUACGCGCGCCGGAUAGAGGCAGCCCCGGCGACUUCUGGAAAGCCCAGGCCCCAGCAAGAUGCCGGUGCAACAGGCGAAGACAGGAAGGAGAGCGCGAAGGACAAGUGA